AUGCUCUCUACAGCAUCCCUCUCCAUGAUGGCCAAGAAGGCACCCCCCAACAAGGUGAUUACCGCCUACGGUGUCUUUCUGACGGCCGCGCUGGCAGUCUACCACUUCAUCGCGAACGGCGAGUUCUCGGCGAUCCUGACACUGGCAGUGAUCUUCCAGUGCCUGGGCUUCGCCUUGCUCUGCGUGCAGGUUCUGCUCACCGGCACCUGCACUGGCAUCUCGGCCCGCGCUUUGGCUCUGGACGCUUGGGCUUUGUGCUUCCGCCUCUCAUCCACUUUGUGGCUUCAUGGCUACCUGCCCGUGGAUGCAUCUGGCGAUUGGGCCUACCAGGCGGUGGAUGUCGUUUCGCUUGUCUUGGUGCUCUGGCUGUUGCACUCGCUGUUCUUUGAGAAGAAGCACACUUAUCAGGAGGAGCAGGACACCUUUCCUGCAACCCCAGUGGUACUGGCCUGUCUCGUGCUGGCAGCAAUCUUUCAUGCGGACAUGAACGCGCGACCGGUGUUUGACACCCUGUGGAUGGCAGGUCUCUUCAUCAGUGCCGUUGCAGUCUUGCCCCAGCUGUGGCUCAUCUCCAAGACUGGCGGCAAAGUUGAGCCGCUGACCAGCCACUACAUUGCGGCCAUGGCCAUCAGCCGUGCUCUGAGCGGCGUCUUCAUGUGGCAUGCGCGCUUCGACAUCACUUGUGACCCAUGGGUGCCUGGCUACAACCAUGCCAUCUGGGUCAUCUUGGGAGCGAAUGCCCUACACAUGCUGCUGUUGGGAGACUUUGGCUACUACUACAUCAAGACGGUGAUGAAGGGAGGCCUAACGGCACAGCUUGACCUGAUUGAGGAGCUGGGCCUGGGUGUUGAGCAUUGUCCGUACGGAAGGGUGGGUGACCAUGUGAAAGCAUGCUCUCCUCCCCUCAUGAACUGCAGGUGUAGGACACACUCAGAGGUUACGGCUGUCCACAACUUGCAUUUACAGUUCAGCACACAAGAUGCUACCGUGAUCGCACCAGCGAUUACAUCAAGUCUGGUCGUUAUGAGCAUGAAGAAGGCAGGGACAGGUGUCGUUCACAGGGAAUGGAUUUGUUCCUACGCCUGGGACAGCAAGAUGUCUUUCCAGGCAGCGGCGAACUUGUUGCUGCUGGCUUCUGCGAAUGCUUAUGUUUGCCAAGUCCUCACCCAGGAGCCGGCUGUGUCGAGACAGGGUAUGUCAAGCAGAUGCCAGGAUCCACACCACAAGUACCAGGGAUACUGCCAGAAUGGUCACUAUCAAAGUGCGACACUCCUGUGCCUGGAGACAUCUCUGUUCCACUCGAUAACACUCAACGAGAACGAGUCCCUGCAAGCUAGCUUCCCGCCUGAACUUGGUUUGGGCCUGCAGUGCACCGUUGCUGGGCAAUACUGCAAUUGCUCCAGCUCCUUUGUGAACGGGGUUGUUUGGCUACUUGCAUCCGAGCCAAUGAACUACACCAUGAACUCCACAGCAAAGCCGGGAGAAUGGUACAUCAUGGACGCAACCGGGCAGUGCGUGGCCGCGUUCGGUACUUCCGCCACCGAGCCGACGGUUCAGAAGUGUCCUCCAGGCUUCUACUGUGCAGGCGGCCUCGAGCCGCCUCGCAGUUGCAGCACGGGCGACCACUGCCCGGUGGGCACAGGGCUGGAAGACCGUUCUUGUCCAAUGGGAUACUAUUGCCCUAUACCAGCAGCAGAUGUCCGGCCUUGUCCAGCAGGCGGCCACUGUCCUCGGGGCGCACAGAACCCUGAGGCCUGCCAGGCCGGACGCUUCUGCCCGCCGGGGGAGGAUGCCUUGUGCCCCCAGGGCCACUAUUGUCCCUACGGCACGGAAGCUCCGAAGAAAUGCAAGCCCCUCUUCAGAUGUCCUCCAGGAAGCAAGGCUGAAGAUCCUUGGUUCUUCUCCUUGGUGAUCCUGGGAGCAGUGGUCGGCGUCGGCUUCUUGGGCUCGAUGCUUUACACGGAGAUGGUGCAGAACGAUUUGUGGGCCUGCGCCGUUUGUGCGGCCUGCGCUGGACUCAUGUGGCUGGUCGACGAGGCCAUCGCUCUUUUCCUGUCCCUCACCUUUGUAUCGGUGGCAGCCAAUUGGGCCCUGCUUCGGAUCGGUGGCGUGGAUCCGGCUGUUGCACAAAGCCUGCUGUUGUGCACAGCUGGUGUGGCAGUGGCACUGCUUUGGUUGGUACAUCCACCGCUCCUCUGGCGACAGUGGGCAGUCUUCUUCGGUGGGCUGCUCAUGUGCUGCGCAAUCGCCUACCUCAUGUCACGGCAGAACCGCACUGCCGUCCUCUUGGGGCGCCUUCUCCUGAUGGUUGCCUUCGCGGGGCUCAUCUUCAGCUACUCCCAGGUGGAUCCGGGAUUUACCGUGGCCUUGGGCAUCGUCCUGCUGAUCCAAGUCCUCGGCAUCAUCCUCUCAUGGACCCAUGUCCCAUGUCCCACCACCUGCGACAGUGACUUCGUAAUCGAUGCCUUGGUGGGCAUGACCCAAGUAUGGAUGAACCAACGCCUGUUGCGGCUGAGCCCGGCAGACUUCGACAGCGGCGUGCACUUCGUGAGCGUUGCAAACAUCAGCCCUCUGGCAGAUGUUCAGAGCAUUUGGACGGCCAUGGCCAAGGGCCAGGAUCCGAGCAGCAUCGUCCCCGCCCUCCAGGGCAGAAGGGCGAUCUUCAUUUUCGCCAGUCCCAGUGACCAGGCGCAGGUGGCAGCGUUGCGUGACUUUGUCCAGGCGAUGGACUCCGCAGGCAGUGAUGCAGCACCCAUGAUCUGGGCGCCACACACCGUCACCCCCGAGAUCCGGCCGCACAAUGCAGUGGUCGACACAUUGUCGAACGACGGGCGGAAUUUGGUUGGUGAGUUGAUGGAAAUUGGACUUGAUGGCAUCAUCUCGGGAGAGCCGCAAGGACCUGCCCUGGCGCUGGCUACGCGAAUGUGGGUGCGCAAGCUCGAAAUCGCUGCCCAAACGCUGGCAGAGGUCAUGUACGAGCGGAAGCGCCGGGCGCAAAACGUGGAGUACUUCAAGGCUCACACCGACAGCCUCCUUUGGGAUUAUCUCCGCAAUCGGCUUGCGCCGGUGGUCCCGCCGUGUGACAGACAUCUCCCAGAAGGCAUCCCGAGCCACAUAGACGGGUGGUCGUUCGGCAGUUCACGUAGAACACCCAGCGGCGUGGUUUAUCGUUUAAACCGCCGACGACAAGAAAGCCCCGGCCUUGUAGGCACAGGUGUCACGACUCGCGAGGUCGCACGCCUUGUGGAUAAAUCCACCAUCCGAGACAUCAAUGGCAUUAUGUCACUGAAGAGGAUGGUGGACGUUCUUUGGAUGGUUAGCUGCGACAAGUGGCAGCACCCAAACAUUCAGAGGCUUUUUCAGAUAUAUCAUUCCCCGACUCACAUCAUUAUGCGGAUGGAGUACUCCGGCGCUGGAAGUCUCCAUGACCGCCUCGUCCGCAGGAGCCGAAGGCCACUGUCGUUUCUGAAGACGUCACAGAUCUUGCAGCAGAUUUUCAAGGCGGUGACCCACCUCCACCUGGCUGCAAAGGUGUGCCACAGAGAUCUCAAACCUGAGAACUUUGACUUGCACGAGACUCCAGACAUGGUGACGGUGAAGUUAACGGGCUUCCAGAUCGCUUUCGUCCUGGAGGAGCCCGUGCUUUGCCACCAAAAGUGUGGGACGCUGCCCUUUGUGGCUCCAGAGGUGCUGAAGGGCGAAGGGUAUCACGCUCUGCCCGUGGACCUCUGGGGUGUUGGCAUUACCACCAUCGAGGUGAUCUGUGGCUCUCGUACAGUCGACGAGGCCUUGGGCAUCUCGGAGGAAGACCAUCCCGCCCUUGGGUACCGCUGGCCGGAUGGCUCCUUCUUGCAGAAACUCUUGGAAGGUUUUCAGGAGCCUGGCUCUUCCGGACAGCUUCUGCAGACGCGCUGCCUGCCGCAGCUGCGGCACUUCCUUCCCUCACUGGAGCAGUUGGCUCAGUGA